GUGCCGGUUUCGCAAUCGCAAGCAGCCCCCCCUCUUUCUCUCACUCCAUCAGCCCGGAGAGAGAAUUGAGAGAGAGGGAAAAAGAGUGGGGCCCGGCUAGGCCCGCGCCUCUUUCCCCCCUCACCCCGGAUCGAUACCGGGCCAGGUUUAGCUUUUGAUUGAUCCGUGUGAAGAUUGUUCUGGCAACAAUCUUGGAAACCCAUAUUUUACUCCAUCUUCUAAAUCAUACAGUGGGUUUGAAGAAGAGUCUGUCCAAAUGAGCAAGACAUCACAGCAGAACUCAACUGCAGAAACCAAUGGAGUAAGUGUAAUCUUCACCCAAGCACACACCAGUGGGUUGCAACAGGUUCCUCAAUUGGUGCCUGUUAGUCCUGGAGGGGGAGGGAAAGCGACACCUCCCAGCAAGCAGGGCAAGAAGAAUUCUGCCCUUGAUAGGAACAGCGAUGAAUACCGCCAGCGCAGGGAACGAAACAACAUGGCGGUGAAAAAGAGCCGCUUGAAGAGCAAGCAGAAGGCCCAGGACACACUCCAGAGGGUCAACCAGCUUAAAGAAGAAAAUGAACGUUUGGAGGCCAAAAUCAAACUCCUAACAAAGGAGCUGAGUGUGCUCAAAGACUUGUUUCUUGAACAUGCCCACAACUUCACAGACAGUGUACAACCUGUUGGCACUGAGAGCACCCCGACAAACCCAGAUGGCACUGGACAGUAGAUUUGCUUGCCUAGUCCAUAGGCAGGGUAGAGCGGGCACUGCCCUCCUAACAUGUCAGAUUCAAAAACAAAGAAGGACCUUUUCUUCUAAUCUUUGUAACUGUCAUUUUGUGGGUGUCUUUUUUUAAAUAGUAGGCUUAACACUGAAGGGGGAUGAAUCUAGUAAACUACAACCUGUUUAUUAAGUAUUUGUUGGAGCAAAAUGAUUAAUGUGCUAUUUGCUCUGGUGUUUUUGAAUAAGGAAAAAGUGUCAAAAUUGGCAAGCAUCCAAUCCCCAAUAUUGCCUUUACGGUGGCUGAAACUUUUAGUUGAUUCAUAACUUAGGUUAUUAAUUUUAAAACCUUCUAAUUAAAAGGGCAGCAGGGUUUUUUCCCAAAAAGAUUACAUUAUUUUUAAUAUAAGGAGUUGCAAAAAUCAUGGAAAGCCGGUACCAUCUUAGGAAAGUAAUUCCUCUGUCUUUUAAGGUGGUGACUGCUUGCAGUGCAUGCUUUUUCUUAAACCGCUUUUUGUGCAGAUUUAUACAAAUUGGUCAACUCAGGCUUCAACUCAGUCAGUGUGGUGUAGUGGUUAAGAGCGAGGACUCUGAUUUGGAGAACUGGGUUUGAUUCCCCACUCCUCCUCCACACAAAGCCAGCUGGGUGACCUUGGGUCAGUCACAGUUCUCUCAGAAUUCCCUCAGCCCCACUUACCUCACAAGGUGCCUGUUGUGGGGAGAGGAAAGGAAGGCGAUGGUAAGCUGCUCCAAGACUUCAGGUAGUGAAGAGCAGGGUAUAAUGCCAACUCUUCUAAUUUGGGGGACAGCCCUAACCAAGUUAAUUGAUUUGACUUCAGUAUAGUAUCAAAACAAAUAUGCACAGCAUAGAAAACAGACUUAAUUUUAAAUCAAGUGAUGGUUGGCUCAACACUGGUUAAGAACCUUUUAAAAUUUUAGCUGAUUUGGGGGGGGGGAAUGGGGGGGGUAGUGUCAGUCUCCUUUCAUGUUUGAAGCCCAAAUCUUGCUGACUACAGCUUUCAUAGUUUAUGCAUAGUAAGAAAGAGAGGCUUUUACUAUUCUUUGGACCUGUUGAGAAGUUGUUUCACCUGUAGGGGGAUUGGUGGCUGUUCUUAAGACAUUAGGGUGGAUGAGAAGAAGGGGUGAGGGCUCUCAGAGAGACUUAGAAAUUGUGUCCAUGAGCUUUGUGGGAUAACUAGCAACCUGCAGGCGAGCUGAACAUAUUUCAAGGACAAUCCUGAAGUGUCAUUACAACCAGGAACCCCUAACCCUCUGUCUGUUAAUAGAUCCAGGUGGACAGCCAUAUUGGUCUGAAUAGUAGAACAAAUUUUGAGUCCAGUGGCACCUUUAAGACCAACAUUGUUUUUAUUCAAGGUGUGAGUUUUUAUGUGUACGCACACACCCUCAGACACUUUCUUCUGUUUGUUGGUUUGCCUGCUACAGUAGCGUUACAUUGUAAAGAAGGGUGUAAUCCUGACUAUACAUGUGUAAAUGGCACUGUUUCUACCAAGCAGCCCAGGGCCUUGACUAAUUCUUUGUAGACUUACUGCUGGCUACCCUGUGGGCUGAACCAGGUUGGGUGGUUUAAUAGCUUGCAGAAUUACAAGCAAAUUUGGGGUAAUUUAUUUUUGUUAAUAGGAAGUUGUCCUCAUAUGGCUACCGAGCAGCAACAUUUUAAAUUCUUCUUUCCCUUUGGAUCUCCUUGCAGGGUGUUAGCUUUUUUCAAAUAAUUUUCAAAUAUUGGUUAAUAAGCCCCUUAUACAUUUGUUGUCGUAUAGGAAACUUACUACGUGAAACAAAGCAGGGACGUUAAUGUAACCUUAUGUUAAUUUAUUUUCUGUUUAAAAUAUUUUCAUUCAUGGUAUGUUUGCAUAUGAUUGGACUGCCACAAAUGACUGUUUUAUACCUCCCCUUCCUUUCCAGUCAUUGUGUUGUAUAUGUACUUAGAAAGACUGGUAAAAAUUCAGUCAUGAUGAUAAAAAAUUAAAAAAAAACCCUCCUACACAAA